UUGUAUAUUUUGUCAUCGAAGACAAUAUUGUCAGCUAAAGGCGCAUGUGGAGCAGGAAUGGGUUAAAUCACGUGAGCGCCUGCGAACUUGUCCAUAAAGAAGUGCAAUUUGAAGAGAACAAAGAAAUCUGCAAGUAUAAAAUCCCCCGCGAGAUAUUUCCCGUCAUUCACAGACUCCAGCGCGCCGUCCGUCUCCCGCUCUCAGUCUGCGGGCUGGAUGCACACGGACAGUCCGCUAGAUCACACGGACCGUCAGCAAGAUCUCUAAACAUGAUGGGUCCACAGCUCUUCUGUAGCAUCCUUGCUCUGCAUUUCCUGCACUACGCUUAUUCGGUGCCGCUAACCGCGGGAAAAACUACCAACAGGUACAGGGAGGCGAGCUGGCACCUGAAGACCUCUCACUCAAGCCUGAGGAGAGGCCGGCUGCCCCCCCCCCAGGACACACUGCAGGAAGUCCACAGCUCUCUGGAGAAGGCCCUUCCUGUCAACGGGACGGGGCAGUUGAAGCGUCCACGCUGUGGCGUCCCCGACCCCCCCGCCUCACCCCUCCCAAAGACGCGCUCCGGAGGACAGCAGAGACGCAAGCGCUUUGUCCUGUUCGGGGGACGUUGGGAGAAGACACACCUGACCUACAAGGUGGUGCGUUUCCCCUGGCAGAUGACCCAGGACAAGGUGCGUCGUGUACUACAGGAGGCGCUGCGCGUGUGGAGUGACGUCACUCCCCUCACCUUCGCAGAGGUGGACAGCGGGGAGGCCGACAUCAUCAUCGAUUUCAACAGGUACUGGCACGGCGACAACCUGCCCUUCGAUGGCCCGGGGGGGGUUCUGGCCCACGCCUACUUCCCCCGGACACACAGGCAGGGAGACAUACACUUCGACUACGACGAGAGCUGGACCGUGGGCAACAGCAUGGGCACAGACCUCCUCCAGGUGGCAGCUCACGAGUUUGGCCACGUCCUGGGUCUGCAGCACUCUCUGGAGCCCGGCGCUGUCAUGUCACCCUUCUACAGCUUCUCCUACCCACUGGAGCUCAGCCACGAUGACAAGCAGGGCAUCCAAUCCCUGUACGGCCCACCCCACCAGGCCCCGCCCCCUAUCAUAGAGACCAAUGAGAUUGACACAGGCGUGCCCAACCCGUGCAGGACUGACUUUGACGCCGUGUCCAUGAUCCGGGGAGAGCUGUUCUUCUUCCAGGCCGGCUACGUGUGGCGUCUCCGAGGCCGGACACUGCAGGCGGGGUACCCUGCCCAGGCCUCCAGACACUGGAGGGGGCUGCCCCAGCGCCUAGACGCUGCCUACGAGGACAACGCUGGGAACAUCUGGUUCUUCCAAGGGGACAGUUACUGGGUGUUUGACGCUGAGAGGAGGAUCACAGGGCCGGACUCUGUGCGGAGUCUGGGGCUGCCGGUGUCGGACCUCCAAGCAGCCCUGAAGUGGGGCGAGGGCGGGGCCCAGAAGGUGUUCCUGUUCCGGGCUGGGGCGUACUGGCUCUUUAGCCCCAUGGAGAACCGUGUGGAGUCCUCCGACCCCAGCAGCAUGGAGGACUGGAGCGGCGCGCCAACGCACAUCGACGCUGCCUUCCAGGACAGACAGGGUUAUGUCCAUUUCCUGCGUGGUCUGCAGUACUGGAAGUUUGACCCUGUGGAGAGGAAGGUUCUGGAAGGAUACCCGCGCUACGUUGGCAUCGAUUUCUUUGGAUGUCCUGCUUCCAUGUACCACUGAGAACACAGCCACCCCUGAUCCCUGCCUCCACAGCCACCCCUGCCUCCCUACCUCCACA